AUGCGUUUCAGCACUGCCCUCUCCACCAUCGCCGUUCUGGCCACUUCCACCUGUGUUCAGGCCUGGAACCGACUGGACAAGGACAACGCGGCUGUUCUCGUCAUCGACUACCAGGUCGGUCUCGCUCAGCUGGUGCGCGACUACGGAACCAAUGACUUCCGCAACAACAUGCUCGGCCACGCCGCCCUGGGCCCUCUGUUCAACAUCCCCUCGGUCCUGACCACCUCCUCCGACCAGGGCCCCAACGGCCUCAUCAUCAAGGAGGUCGCCGCCAUGCACCCCAACGUGACCAUCGUCCGCCGCCAGGGUGAGGUCAAUGCCUGGGACAACCCCGACUUCCGCGCUGCCGUCCGCGCCACCGGCAAGAAGCAGUUGAUUCUCGGUGGUAUCGUCACCGAAGUUUGCACCGCCUUCCUGGCUCUCUCCCUCAUUGACGAGGGUUAUGAGGUCUUCGCCAACACCGAGGCUAGCGGUACCUUCGACCCUAAGCUGGCUGCCGAUGCCAACCGCCGCAUGGAGAAGGCCGGUGUCACCCUCAUGGGUACCUUUGGCGUUGUCACCGAUCUGAUGCGCGACUGGAGAGCCACUCCCGGUCUUCCUGAGGUCCUCCCCUACCUUGACCAGUACCAAUACGCCUACGGCCUCGUUGCCCGUCACCAUGCUGGUGCCAUUGAGAACGGUACUCUCGCCCCCGUCGAGUCCACUCUCAUCUAA